CAGACAUCUUCACCGCUCCAUUUUUAUUCCGUUAACCAGACUACUGCACGGUUUAGCAUGACGCUCGUCGCUAGCUUGAUUGCCGCCCUUCUCGCAUACUCUCCUCUCGUCCACGGUCAACCCGGAAGCAACGGUUACGUGUACGGGAGUGGAGCCGCAUCCGGCGUGGGGCACACGCAAGUGAACAGUCAGAGCCAGUCGACGUGGACCAACGGUCUGCCAUCGACUUACAGUCAAUCGAUGAACAACGCCGGUGGAAGCGGCAUCUCCAUAAGCGGCCAAGCCAACAGCGGCGUCAACGUGGAUCCGCAGCAGCAGGACACCAGCAACCAGGUGGUCAGCGGCAACAGCAACGCCAAUUCCAACGGCAACGCCGCCACCGGCUCACUCAACAAUCUCGACCACAGCAACUCUGACAACUCCAACGGAUUAACCGUCAACGGCAACUCUCAAAUUACUGGCAACGGCACCGGCGUUAGCAUUAGCAACAACGUUAAUUCUAAUGUCAACAGGUAUCCGAUAACAACGACCACGCCCAUGACGUGUGACGUAAUUCCGCCUUGUCCGCCUGGGUGUUUCUAUUCGAACUGCUAUUGCGCCUGCCCGAUUGACGCUGUGGCAUCCAGCAAUACACCGAGUGUCAGCAGUGGACCAAAGCUGGCUUCGGUGAAGAGCAGAACGCCUUCUGUACAGCCUGCACGAGAGCGGAAGACAUCGAUAAGUUCGCUUGUGCGAUCACGGGGACAGCAAAAAUUGCAGUCUGUUGUGUUGCCAUCCGCUUUGCCGGCGAAUCUAAGAAGACGAGUUUAGUGGUAUACGGUACUCGUAUCUUCUAAACUGUGAUUUGUGACAGCCCCGAUAUCUUAGUCUUGAUUUAUGAAUUUCUGCAGCAUUUUUUUAAGUAGCAGUUACUGAAAAGAUAGCAGUUUUGUUCUGAUAUUCAGC